AUGUUUUUUGAAACCACAGGACUUUAUUCACCUGAGCUCGUAUCAGACAUGUAUUCUUCAGAUCAAGAAGAGGAGGUUUCAACUCCAAUUGCCACCGAACAAUCGCUUGAAGAAGAAACUCCCAUGUGUUCUAAUAGCGACCACGUCGUGUUUGUCAUCCAUGGCAUUGGCCAACAAACUGAGCAAUAUGGCAUGUUUGAGCAAAAUAUGCAAUCAUUACGUGACACAAUGCGUCAAGUGCUACAGACACGGAUGCCUGGUCAAGAAAUGCAAAUCAAAAUGAUCCCUAUCGAGUGGCAUCGACACAUUCAUCAGGAAACGGAUCCUGCUAUUCAUCGAAUUUUGCCAAAAUCAAUCCCAACGCUACGCAUGAUCGAGACCGAUUACCUUGCGGAUGUACUUUAUUACUUUAGUCCCAAUCGUGGAGAAAGCAUUUUGCGACAUGUGACACAAGAAUUCAAUGCAGCCUACGAUCUAUUUAUGAAGGAGCAGCCUAACUUUUGUGGCAAGAUUGCUAUCCUAGGAUACUCGUUGGGUGGUUUGAUCUCAUGGGAUAUGCUCUCACACCAGCGAGAUGUGAGUGAUCCAAUCGAAAUGGAGCAUCAGAGGCGUUUUGAUGUUCAAGUACCAAGGUUGGAUUUCAUGCCAGAUUAUUUGUUUGGUAUGGGUUGUCCCGUAGCAGGAUUGCUGGUGGCACGUAACCAAGAUCCUCGUCAUUAUCAUCCUGAUGACAGCGUUGUGUUUGAGAACAUUUAUCAUCCCUAUGAUCCAUUGGCUUUCCGCAUUGAGCCGCUCCUCAACGAAGACUUUACACACACACCUGCUGUUACAGUGGAGAAGGCACAGCCAUCAUCAGGCUCAUUGCUAGGUUAUUUAUCCUCUGCAGUAUGGCAAUUCUUUGGUAGUGCUGCAUUGGGUGAACCUCGUCCUGCUAGUGAAAUAUCGCGUCGUGCAAGUGCAGGAGACAUUCUCAUAACACGCAAGGAUCGAGACUUUCUUAUGCUGCAGCGAUCGAAUAGUAUGCCUGAUCUUGGAAAAGAAAAGCUCAAGCCCAUGUUAUCGCAUCAACAACAAGAAGAAGAAGAUGAUAACACGAGUGAUACAGCAUCCUCAUGUUCAUCAUGCGAAUCAUCUCCACCAGCUACACCGUUGCCUGAAGAAGAAAAAGAAGCCCGGCCUUGGUCUAUGGACAAAGGACGUCGUUUUGAUUAUGAGCUUACGCCUGAGACGGGUGUCAUGUCGAAUGAAUACAUUCUCGGACUCAGUGCUCAUUUCUCAUAUUGGACAAACAAGGACAUGCUUUGGCAUAUAUUUUGUCGCAUGGAAAACAUUUAG